GCUCCCCAGCUCCCCAGCCCCCCAGCUCCCCAGCCCCCCAGCUCCCAGCUCCCCGGCUCCCCAGCCCCCCGGCUCCCCAGCCCCCCAGCUCCCCAGCUCCCCAGCUCCCCAGCUCCCCAGUCCCCAGAUCCCCAGCUCCCCAGCUCCCCAGCUCCCCAGCUCCCCAGCUCCCCAGUCCCCAGCUCCCCAGCUCCCCAGUCCCCAGAUCCCCACUCCCCAGUCCCCAGCUCCCCAGUCCCCAGCUCCCAGCUCCCCAGCUCCCCAGCUCCCAGCUCCCCAGCUCCCCAGAUCCCCAGAUCCCCAGCUCCCCAGCCCCCAGCUCCCCAGCCCCCAGCUCCCCAGCUCCCCAGUCCCCAGCUCCCAGCUCCCCAGCUCCCCAGCUCCCCUUCUCCCCAGCUCCCAGCUCCCCAGCUCCCCAGCCCCCCAGCUCCCAGCUCCCCAGCUCCCCAGCUCCCCAGCGCUCCCAGCUCCCCAGCUCCCCAGUCCCCAGCUCCCCAGUCCCCAGCUCCCAGCUCCCCAGCUCCCCAGUCCCCAGCUCCCCAGUCCCCAGCUCCCCACUCCCCAGCCCCCCAGCUCCCCCAUCCCCAGCUCCCAGCUCCCCCAUCCCCAGCUCCCAGCUCCCCAGCUCCCCAGCCCCCCAGCUCCCCAGCCCCCCAGGCCCCCAGCCCCCCAGCUCCCCAGCUCCCCAGCUCCCCAGCUCCCCAGUCCCCAGCCCCCAGUUCCCCAGCUCCCCCAUCCCCAGCUCCCAGCUCCCCAGCUCCCCAGCCCCCAGCUCCCCACCCCCCAGCUCCCCAGCCCCCCAGCCCCCCAGCUCCCCAGCCCCCCAGCUCCCCAGCCCCCCAGCCCCCCAGCUCCCCAGCUCCCCAGCUCCCCAGCUCCCCAGCUCCCCAGUCCCCAGCCCCCAGUUCCCCAGCUCCCCCAUCCCCAGCUCCCACCUCCCCAGCUCCCCAG